UGAUUCAAUUUUGACUAUGAAUGUCACUGAUAUUUGUGAAAUUUGUGACCGUGAGAUUAUCUCUUGCUUGAAGCAGAGAUUUAUCAACGAUGAAAUUUAUACAUACAUUGCAAAGGUGCUCAUUGCAAUCAACCCGUAUCAUCAAAUAAAUGGAAUGUACUCGCCAAACAAAAUUGAAGCAUAUUGUAAAGACACCAAAGAUGAGCUGCCACCGCAUUUGUUUUCGAUUGCCAACAGGGUCAUUUCGAAUAUAAACAUACGCUCGCAGUCAAUUAUUUUAACCGGGCAAACUGGAUCAGGGAAAACAAACAGCGCAAUGUAUCUGCUCACAUUUAUUUCGAAGUCCAAGGUCGGCUUGACCGGUCAUGUGAUAGCAACCAAUAUUAUUUUUGAAGCGUUUGGAAACGCAAAAACUUCGCACAAUUAUAAUAGUUCUAGAUUUACAAAAUUAUCCGAGAUUUAUCUUUGUCGUGACCUAAAAGUUGAUAGUGUUCAAAUGUCGUAUCUGCUAUUGGAAAGCAGUAGAAUUCAUGGACAAAAUGCAAACGAAUCCAAUUUUCAUAUUUUUCAUGCUAUCAUAACGCCAGCUGCUUGCACUAUACUUAAAAACCUAAUCGAUCUUCAUCUGGAUGAAGCUACGAAUUAUGCUUAUUUGCCGAAAUAUCAACACAAUGAAGAAAUAAAAAGGUUUCAAGAUUUCGCAUUGGUCGAUAAUGCAUUGGUUGAACUUGGAGUGUCCAAUGGAGAAAGAGUAAAAAUAUAUAAGACAUUAGGAGCAAUAUUACACCUUGGAAAUGUGAGAUUUGAAGAAAAUAGUUGCCAAGAAGGAUGUCAAAUUAUUUCCUCCACAAGAAAUCACUUCAUUUAUGCGGCUCAACUUCUAGCGAUUGAACAAGGAAUUCUCAAAGAAUAUUUGUUGAAACGAAAAAUGGAAAUGAGAGGCUCGGAUCCAAUUUUUAUUCCAUUGGAUCGUCUGAGAGCAAAAAACUUAAAAAACAUCAACAAAAAUAUGUCUUUCAGUUCAGAAGCUUCGACACGAUCGCAAAUAAAUCUAUUAGAUAUAGCCGGUUUUGAGGAGUUUAAUAUGAAGAACCACUUCGAGCAACUGUGCAUAAAUUUCAUUAAUGAAAAAAUUCAACAGAUGUUCGUCAAAAUAAUGUUGAAAAAGGAAGAAGAAUGGUAUAAAAGUGAAUAUCUAGAAGUACCGGAAAUUCCAUUUUUAGAUAACGAUCAAAUUUUGGAUGAUACUGGCAAAAUGCAGAGUCAAACUACAUCAGAUUUUGUACAAAAUAUUUUUAACAACUGGACAACCACUUCGAUUUUGGUUAGACCAAAGAUUCGAGGGAUUCAAGAAAACAGUGGAUUUAUCAUUCGUCAUUUUGUUGGUGAUGUUUUCUAUAACGUUGACAAUUUUGUGGAGAAAAAUCUCAACAUUUUACCAAAAAGUAUUGAUGAUUUGUUCCAAGAUCUGGGUAUAUGGAAUAAAAAAUUAAAUAAUAAAUCGACAACCUUCAUACUUAAAACGGGAACAAAUGAACUUAUAAAUAAUCUUUCUGAAACUGAAUGCUCGUUUGUGCGCUGCAUUAAACCGAAUGCUAGUCAAAAUAGAGGCAUAUUUGAUGAAAAUUUUGUCGAAUCUCAGCUGAUUUCAUCAGGAUCUAUCGCAUAUCAACAACUAAUGAAAGCUGGCUUCCCAUCUCACAUGAGUAUUGCUGAGGUAUUGAAUAUGUUCAAGUCAAGUUCAGAAUUUCAGCACGUUUCAUAUGAAAAUCAGAAAGAUUUUUGCACUUUAUUGUUGCGAGCGUGCUGCCUUAAGUGGAUUGAUUUUAAACUCGGGAACACCCAAAUAUUUUUCCGUAAAGGGAAAAUUCAAAAGUUUUGCGAAAAAUUGAAAGAAGACCCAGAAAAAAUCAAAGAGCAUAUUGACCACCUUAUAUUAUUGCGGAAAAAGUUAAGAGUAGCUAUCAUAUUCGCGAGAUGUUGUGCUAUUAUCAUAUUUCGUCGUAAAGAGUUAAAUGAACAUCAAAUGAAUCAGAUGCAGCCUGAAGAGCACGGUUAUAUACCAGCUAAAAAAAUUAGACGGAAUAAAAAGUUUGCCCAAAGUCCACCCAGUUUUAAUGAUGAACUUCCCAGUGCUUCAAAACACACAAGGACAACCAUUGGAAUUCAAUCAAAUGAUGACUUAAAUCUUGAAAACCAAUUACGAACAUUGCUUCGACAAGCAGAAAAGAAAAAUGAAGCUUUAUCUGAGGACUACCGUCAGCUACAAAAACAAAAUGUUGAGCUAUCAACUAAAUUACAAAAAGUGGAGAAAGAAAAUGAAAAACUAAUGUGUGAAAACCACAAAUUUCGUAAAACCGUUUCUUAUAUUACACUUGAACACGAUUACCAAAUGCCUCAAUAA